GUUGUCAGUCAAGAGUCUCAAACCCGGCCAGCCUGUCAACGGACCAUUGAAGAUCUGAAUCGUGCACACCAUCACACGUUUUUUUCACAAUGGGGAAAUUCACAUUUCAACAUAUAUAUGAAUUUCCCUGGGAACUGGUAACGCAUACUCAUUUAACAAAAUAUCCAACUGAAAAGGAAAAAAACAUCGUUGGAGCUGAAGUUGUCGAAUCAAAAAAAGGACCAGGCAAUCACCUUUAUCUAAAGGUUAUUGUCACCUGCUUAAAUGUGCUCCCUAGUGUAUUUCGAAAGCUCAAAGUUCUUGAUGUCCCUAACAUUGUGUAUGAGGAAGAAUGCUGGAUUGAUACAAAUAGGAGAAUAGCACAACUUAAAAGUAAACCGUUAGGCUACCAGAAUUAUGCUGUGAUGACUGAGAGUUCUACAUUUUCACCAGCCUCAGAGAACCCAAAUUGGACCCUGUUUACACAAGAAGGAGUUAUUGAAAUGAUUGGUUUUGGAAGAAUGAGCUGGCUCAUUGAAGUGUUUGCAACCAAGUUCCUGACCAGAGGUGCUAAGCGUAAUGUUACAAUUAUGGAAGAAAUAAUGAGGGAGAGGCUGGCUGCAUUCAAACUAUUGGCGCAAUAAUACUCGCCGUUACGUCUCAGUGACAUGAGAUGUACUUUAAUUGGAGAUUAGUGAAUGAGUUGUGAAUUAAUUUCCUAGUCUUAGAAAUUUAGCUGGAAUGAAACAAUAGGUCCUGGGAGGCGUUGUUUGUUUUAUCUUCUUCCUGAGGCGUACCUGCAACUUUUCCAUGACUGGCCACGCGAGUCGUAGCCAUUUCAUUCGCAGAUGUUCUGUGGUAAAUCGUCUUUAGUUUAGCUGCCUACCGGUGUUUUCUUAACUUUGUUUAGUCUAAGUUUUUCCUCCUUUUUUUACAACUGUACGUUACGAAAGGUUGUAUCUGUUCCUCUUAAGCCAUUACUACUGCACUACUAAAACGAAACAAAAUAUCACGAAGAAAUUCUUAACUGAAAAAAAAAUAGUUUUCGAUACCUUCACCCAGAAAAAAAAUUGCUAGAUAAAUUCCAAAGUAUCAACGUUUAUUCCCAAAAAAGUUCAAAGAUCUAUCGUAGGUUUACUUUUGAAUUUCCUUGCUGCCCUUUCACUGGGCCUUAUGUUCAUGUGGUUACCAAACAAUGUAAAAGUCCAUUUGCUGACAUUGAACGUGAAUACACUGUCCCGCUUAGGUAUAA